UCAGUGAGCGCAUAGUGGAAAUCUUCAUAUGAUAUAUCCAGACGAGUUAUUUGCUCAAAGAAUCAGGGGUGCUGUUCAACUCUUCACUGUACUCCAUGGUCAAAUUGACAAGGAAGGCAUCCCCUAACCAGCGUCUAGUACGCCAGGGUGAAGUGGGUUUUUAGGCCACUUGUGUGGACACCGGACUGGCUCUCUUCAGUUGCGGUUUAGUGGAACGGCUUCUUCAGUCAUGGCGUCCCUGACGACCAGCACGGCGCUGCUGCUGCGACUGACCGCUCUACUGACUCUGCUUGGAGUUAGUGUAAGUGGAUCAUCCCGAGUAACGUCUAUCUCACCGACCUCCGGCAGUGUGGCCGGGGCAACUCGACUGACCAUCUACGGUGAAGAAUUUUCUCCGGAUCCCUUUAGUUUUGGAGGCGGCAAUGAAGACAAAGGUAACUUGGUGUACCUAAGAACCGAGUUCAACACCAUCGAGUGCGAUGUUUUACCUUACUACAGCAACAAGGAGAAGAUUGUUUGCGACACGAGGUCUGUGGGUGAAGAGGGAGAAUACAGUAUUUACGUCAUCGUAGAUGGCGUGCCAGUGGAGUCUUACUGCAACUGCAAAUACAAAUAUAACAACGGCAACACUCCAACCAUCAAUUCCAUCACUCCCCCCAGUGGGUUGCCAGGAACACAUGUUGUGAUUGAUGGCAGAAUCAUAACCGAUGUUUAUGAUCCGAGUAAAGCACUGGAAGACGAAGACGAUGAAUAUGAAAACAAAAAACAGAUUCUCAGAAUUUAUUGGGGAAACUACCAGUGUGACCCAUUUGAUCCAGAAACUGAUGAGUUGUACAAUAUCUCCUUGGAUAGCGUGGAUUCCACGGAUGGAACCAUUGAGUGUGUUCCCAAAGGAACAUUUGUCGCUUCUCAAAGAAUUGCUUUUCUUAUCUCUGAUGAGUAUGGCCGUUCUUGGACUGACAAAGACGCCCUUCUUGUUAGUGGCAAGAGUAAACUGUACCACUUUCAAUCCCAUGCUGAUGUUUUGGAUGUUGAACCCAAAGUCGGUAGCACGCAAGGAGGUACGAUUUUGACCAUCACCGGCCAGUUCUUUGACGAGUCUGCCACCAUUGUACGUGUUGGAGGUGUCCCUUGUGAGAUUUUCAACAUUAGCUCUACAGCGAUACUUUGCGUGACUGGAGCAGCCCCCUCUACCAAGGCACUCUUCCCUGGAGAGAGGGGCUUGCUGUAUGAGGUCUGGAAGGACUCUGCAGUAUCGGUCGCUGAUGCAGAGUGGGACACAAAUGCCACUGACUACAACCACACCUUUGUGCUAGAUGGUAGCUCCCCGGCCCAGCACCUCUUUGGUGAAGAAGACAACUUCAUCUCUCGUCUCACCGGUUUCUUUGUUCCGCCUCGCACGGGAGAGUACGAGUUCUUAGUUCGGGGUGACGACGUCGGAGAGUUGUGGGGUUCUUUACUAGGGCCUUCUAAUCUGACAAAGAUUGCCUACCAUGAUAGCUACACUCCAAAUUGGCGCUCAAAAAACAGCCAGGUCUCAGAGAGAAUAAACCUCAUUGGAAAUCAAAGCUACUACUUUGAAGUUCGUCACCGAGAGUAUACCGGGGGAGACUCCAUCGAAGUGGGCGUGGUGUUUUAUGAUGUGCCACUUAACCAUGCAAAUACAACUGACGCAACCAAUGAGGUGCAAGACAUUGUCACAUCGUCCACCGUUGAGCUCGAGCAGCAGACUCUGACUGUAGAGGGUGCUACAUAUGAGACCCAGGAGAUCUAUGUUGAGAUGCCUUCCUGCCCGACAGCGAGCAAUGUCAGCGAUGAAUGCGACACUAGUGGACACUACACAUUGCAGUUCUAUGAUUAUGUGACAGGUAACAUCAAUCUGACGGCCUCUGCAGAAGAGUUGCAGUCUGCACUGAAUCUAGCAACGGGCUCAGAAGAUGUGACAGUCACCAAGACGGAUGAGGGACUCUCGGCUACAUACCUCGUUGUAUUUCACAUUCCAGAAGAGAAUCUUCCAUUGCUCUUGGUCAGUCUUGGUGACCCAGACCAUGUAGUGACCAUCACAAGAGUAAGCUCCUUUGCUCCAAUCUCCCUAAGCAGUUUCCGUCUGGUCUAUGAUGACAUCAUGUCAUCUGAAUUGUCAUCAGACUCGACAGCCGAAGAGAUGCAAAGUGCUCUCUUGGACAUGUUCAGCGUCAAGUGCAGCACAGUUGGCAGCGUCAGCGGAAAGUAUGUUCAGGACUAUGAAGGGGAAUCCACAGGUAUUGUAGACGGUGAGGUCAUCAAAGAUGAAGAACCAUACUGUGACCGUUGGUCGGUCAAGAACCCUUUUCAGAUCUUCUUUGCUGACCGAACAUUGAAACCUGGAACAUCGAAGACAGUGGAUCCUUAUGAUGUUAGAUACAAUCCACAGCUUUGCUUUGGUCACCGUGGCCCAAUUAAGAACUUCAUCCAAUUCAAAAUCCUUUGGUAUGAUGAAGAAUUGAAUGAACGGAACAAUUGGCAGACAGCCACCGAUUCGGAUUUAGUGGCUUCGGAAGACUGGACUUACACUUGUGUGGACUUUGAAGCCCUGGUAAAAACAACCUGGGUGUUUUCUCGAGCUGCUAGCGGCACGCCACUUAUGAUUGAAAGAAUCCGACUCUUCAGGGACGAAGGACAAGAUUUCUACAUUGACAAUCUCUUCAUCGGGAGUAAUAAACCUGAAUAUGUACGUGAGCAACCUGCUGCAAGACCUAACGGAAUAUUCGUCACAGACGCUGCAGUCACCAAGCAGGUCUACAGCUUUGGUAUCCUCCUAACGCCAGCACAGUGCGGCUAUGACUUCCCACUCAUUGGUAUUGUGGGAGCCACCAGCCAGGUGAACGAUAGUGAGAGCAUGGUGUAUGAGAGCGCUUCAUGGCCAAACGACGUUUCUAUCUCUGUCACCCGCACGGUGAGCGCUACGCCACCAAUCGGCGGAACGUUUGACAUCAGCAUGGAUGGCCAAGUGUUUGAAGUUUCUGCCCAGGCCACUGCUGACAAACUGAAAGAACUUCUGCAAGCCAACCUGGACAUCGGUUCACUGGAUGUCUUCAGGGAAGGAACGUGUGCCGGCUUCUCUUGGGAAGUAGAGUGGACAUCUAAAGGAGGACGACAACCACUGAUGGAGGUUAAUGGUAGCAGAUUAACGGGCAACGAAGUGAGUGUCAACAGUGAACGUCACGCUGAGGGUCAGCUGUUCAUGGGUCCCAUCCCUGGUGAAUUCCUUAGAGUCCCACACAGUGCACCCCAGGUGGAGGUUAUCGUUAACUCAAUCCCAUCAAGCUGCUCUGGGGGUCAAUGCACUUUUGAGUACAGCAAUGAUGUCACACCCAAAGGACUCUCAUCAACUCCAUCAACCGGUUCUGCCACCAACAGCACCAUCAUUACUCUCACUGGUUCCGGGUUCAGCGCCAACUCUGUUGAGAAUAACGUCACCAUCAAUGACGUAGUGUGUGAUGUUACGUCUUCUAACGAGACGUCAAUCUCAUGUUCAGUUGGCGAGUCUGUUGUAGGCGUGUUUGAUGUCUUGGUAGAAGUGGAGGGAAAAGGUUUUGCAGAGUACCCUAAUGGACCAUUGACUUUCCAAUAUGAAAUGGGAGUUACUGAUAUCAGCCCAACUGUGGGUAGCGAAGCAGGUGGCACCAAAGUAAACAUCACAGGAUAUGGGUUUAGUGAGGAUAUUUCCAAUGUCAACGUCACAGUUGGAGGUUUGCCAUGCCUCAUUAAGGAAUCAUCAUAUGACCUGAUCAAGUGCGUCAUUUCAUUGGAUACUCAGACAACAUCUCGUCGCAGGAGACGUUCAGCCAUCACAGUAGACCUGGUCAUUGUGGUGAAUGAUAACUCAAUCACGGAGGAAGAUUCCUUCAGUUUUGACCCCUCGCUGACCCCGACAAUCACUGCUAUCAGUCAAAAUGUCUCCAGCGUUCAUGGUGGAGACCUUCUAGUUAUCUCUGGUAGUGGUUUUGGAGACAGCGGUGCUGAGAUCCAAAUAGGGAGUGCAGUGUGUGAGGUCGAAGUUCAAACAGAUACUGAGAUCAAUUGCACCAUACCAGCCAAUUCUCCAGGUGUUUACUACAUUGAGUUGACGGUUAUCGACCAAGGCUUCGCUUCUGUUGGAAUCCAAUUCAAAUAUGAGCUUGAAGUGAGCGGAAUGUUUCCCGACCAAGGCUCGUUCCAAGGAGGCACAGUGGUCACUCUCACUGGGGUUGGCUUUGGCUCCAAUGCUAGUGAAGUCGCCGUCAGUAUGGACGACUUCGCAUGUGAUGUUACCUCGGUGGCGGACGACGAGAUCAUAUGCGAAACCACCACUUCGGAGCGGGUUCACCAUGUGGAUAACUUUGGAAAGCACGAGUUGUAUGGUCUUGGCUACAAGUGGAACCCAAAUGUCUUGACUGUAAAAGCUGGUGACAUAGUGGUCUGGCAGUGGGCUGUCCAGAAGCAUGUGUCUGGUAUUGGAUACGCCGUCAUGCAGACAGCCAACAGUGAUGCUGUGAACUACGAUGGCCAAGGAUUCAUCAGUGGUGCACGCUCAACAGAAGGUAUCUUUGCCUACAAGUUCUCCGCCCCUGGUACCUACUACUACUCUAGUGGACCUGUCGAUGAAGAUGGUCAGCUCUAUAUGAAGGGAACCAUCAAAGUGGAAGAACCAACAUCUUCCACCCACAAACUCGUCGUUGAAGUCGCUGGAUUUGAAGCUCUGCAUGACACUAUGUCAGUUGUUUCAGAACCAGCAGCAUCAGGAAGUUGUCCUGGCGACGCCUCAGUUCACUCAUCAUGCACCGUUCCAAAGGCUGUUGAGGAGGACGACUCCAGUUUCUAUUACGCCUACUGGAUUUGCAGCACCCCGAUUAUUACAGACAUCAGCCCCAAUGGGGGUACACCAGACCAAGUUAUCAAUAUCACAGGAUCAGGAUUCAGUGAUGUAGCAUGUGAGAAUCAGAUCAGCAUCGGAGAGUACUCCUGUGUCACUCAGACGAGCACCAACGUCUCCCUGACGUGUCUGAUCGAUACGGAAGACACCAUGUCUGUCGGAGUGCCUCAGGCCGUCUCUGUGGUCGUCAAGAACAGAGGGCUCGCCUUGAACAAGAUCUCAGUGCCAUCCAAGCUCGGGUUUACUUUGAAACCACAGAUUGACGCCCUGUCUACCCAUGAGGGGUCGCUAAGCGGUGGGACUGACAUCACCAUCACUGGGGAUGGUUUAGCAGCCAGCUCACCGGAGGAAGUAUCUGUGUGGAUCGGGAACAGCGGUUGCCUCGUCCAGUCGGUAUCCUAUAAGGAGGUGGUGUGUAGUACGACGGCUUCUAAUCCAGCAUUUGCUGAGCUUACCCUACAGAUUAACUCAGUAUGGGCAGACUGCAAGGGUAACUGUAGCUUCAGGUUCUCCGAUGGCUUGACCCCGCAGGUCGAUGACGUCUCUCCGGACACCGUUUCUGGAACCAGCACCUCACUCAUCAUCCUUGGUUCAGGAUUCGUCAACGACACAAUGACCAUCAAUGUCACGGUUGGCGGAAUAGAAUGUGAAGUCACUUACGCCUGGGACGAUGAGAUCAACUGUGAUGUCAGUUAUGUCCCAGUCGGCGACCAGGUUGUGAUCGUUAAUAUCCCCGGUCGAGGUAAUGCUUUCUUUAAUACCAGCAACACUGUCUUCAGCUCAAAUGACAUAGACAGUGUAACACCAAGUACUGGCAGCACAGAAGGAGGCCAGGUCAUCACUAUCCUUGGUAACGGUUUCGUUGAUGGGGACACGACUGUCUCUGUUGGUGGAGCUGCUUGCAACAUCCAGAGCGUGACACUCUCUCAGAUUGUUUGCGCGACGCCAGCUCAUUCUGCUGGAACGGUUGACCUUGUCGUGUCCUCCAAUGGGGAAGAGUACCCAACCCAAGAUUAUGAUUACUCGUCGGCAGUUACACCAACAAUAACUUCAGUCACACCUGCUAAUGGUGCAACCGGCGACAGCAUAACAAUCAGUGGCUCUAGUUUCAGCACUAACACAGCCGAGGUUUCCGUCACGAUCGACAACGUCGCUUGCACGAUCACCAGUGCAGCAGUAGACUCAAUUGAAUGUGAUGUUGGUGCCCACUCCGCCGGUACCUAUCCAGUGGUGGUGUACAUCGAAGACAAAGGGUUGUCUGCUGAUGAUGCAGAGUUUGAGUACGAGUUGAGAGUAGACUCGGUUUCUCCAAUUGAAGGGAGUUUUGGUGGUGGGAGAGUGCUGACAAUAGAUGGAGCUGGCUAUGACGACACAGCGGUUGUCCUAGUCUGCAAUAACACCUGUCCAAUCACUAAUUCUUCAUCGUCUUUCAUCGAGUGCGAUGUACCGGCCAACUCGGGUAGCGGUGACGUUCUCUGUGAUGUCGUGGUCACUCUCUCCAGUGGUGCAACGGUCACCAAGUCAGACAGCUUCACCUACAAGACGAAUCUUACACCAGUCAUUGACUCCGUUGAGCCACGUCGUGGUGGUACAGCCGGAGGAACCACGCUUAACAUCACUGGAUCAGGAUUUGAGUCAUCUGGGAACAUUGUAUCAAUCGGUGGAUCAGAAUGCACCAUUCAAUCUGAAUCAACGACAGAGAUUAUCUGUCAGACAGGACCUCGUAGCCCACCAGAGAUGCUUAAAGUCAGAGUUGAAGUUGGCGAUAAUGGAAUUGCUACACAGGACAAUGCAGACUUCUACUACAUCGAUGUGUGGUCCUCCAGAUAUACCUGGGGUAACCAGGACCCGCCAAUAGAGGGCGACUUUGUCAUUGUUCCAGCAGGACAAACUUUACUUCUGGACGUCACCACCCCGAUCCUGAAGAUGCUUCUCAUCCAAGGCGGUACGCUGAUGUUUGACGAGGCAGACAUUGAACUCCAUGCUGAGAACAUCCUCAUCGUUGAUGGAGGUGCCCUCCAAGUCGGUACGGAGGAGGAACCCUUCCAGCAUGAGGCUACCAUUAUGAUGCAUGGCCAUGUACGCUCUCAGGAACUGCCGCUGUUUGGAGCCAAAACCCUGGCUGUCAGGAACGGUACUCUUGACCUUCAUGGAAAGUAUGUCCCAGUGACCUGGACACGUUUGGCCCAGACGGCCGAGGCUGGUGCCACCCAGCUGGUUCUUCAACAGGCUGUAACCUGGAAGGCUGGGGAUCAAAUCGUCAUUGCAUCCACUGGACACCGACACAGCCAGAGGGAAAAUGAAGAUGUGUUUAUCACAGAUGUUUCUGCGGAUGGGACUGUACUGACAUUCGAACCAGCACUUGUGUACGAGCAUCUUGGCAUCUCUCAGACAAUAGAGGGCGUUAAUUUGGAAAUGCGCGCAGAGGUUGGGCUGCUGACGCACAAUGUCAAGUUCCGAGGGUCAGUGCAAGAAGAGUGGACCGAGACCAUUGAAGCAUGUCCAGAAGAAUUUGACACCAAUCAAUUUGCCACUCAGACCUGCUUCCUUGGUCGUUUUGGAGAAGAAACUGGAAGCGAUCAGUUUGGUGCACAGAUCAUGUUGUUUGCCAAGUACCAAGAUCAACAGCUUGUCAAAGGUCGUAUCAGUUACAUAGAGGUCACUCACGCAGGUCAAGCCUUCCGGCUGGGUCGCUACCCAAUUCAUUUCCAUCUUAACGGGGAUGUGACGGGCUCCUACGUACGUGGCUGCGGUAUCCAUCACACUUUCAACCGUGCUGUCACUAUUCAUGCUGUUCACAACCUCCUCGUAGAACACAACGUUGCCUACAACAUCAUGGGACACGCCUAUUUCUUGGAAGAUGGUAUCGAGACUGGGACCAUCAUCCAGUAUAAUCUUGGGGUGUUUGUUCGUCCGAGCAGCAGUCUGUUGAAUGUGGACAUCACUCCGGCCACUUUUUGGGUGACUAAUCCCAAUAACACUGUCCGUCAUAAUGCGGCGGCCGGCGGAUCCCAUUUUGGUUUCUGGUACAACGCGCCAAGUCACCCCGAAGGUCCUUCAUUCACAACAGCAAUCUGUCCCCGUAAUGUUCCUCUCGGGGAAUUCCAAAACAACACUGCUCAUGCCAUGGGCUGGUACGGCCUGUGGAUUUUCCCAAUCUACUACCCAAGAGUUGGUGGCGGAUGUAAUUCAGUGGAGGCAGAACCAGCUAAGUAUCACUCACUCUACGCCUGGGAGGUAGAGCGCGGGGCGGAGGCUGUUGAGGUCGGUGCUAUCCAGUUCCAUGACUUCGUUUUUUCAGAUGCUGACAAGUCGGGGGUUGAAUACCAAACCAUUGCUGCCCCCUGGGGUGAAGGUGGCUCCUUAGUUAGGAAUUUAACUGUUGUUGCUUACAGUGACAUCUCAGAUCCUUCUGAGUGUACAUCGGCUGGCAUCCAUGGUCCAAAAGGUGAUGGUUUGACAGUUGACGGAGCCAAGCUGGUCAACUUUGAUCAGAGUCGAUGUGCAGGCAUCCGAGCAUGCGCCCAUUGCAAGACGUUCCAAGGAGGUUUCUCAAUCCGCACCCAAGGUCUGGAGUUUCUGAACUCUCCAAACAAGGUGGGCUUCCAGUGGGAGCAUGAGUGCUGGAUCGAGGACAACGACGGCACGCUUUCAGGGAACGCGAACUACAUCGUUCUGCCAAGUAACCCCAACCUCCACCCUGACCAUUGUGCAGAGGAUGCUAGCUUUGGUGUUGGUUUUCCUGGCUCUAGCUGUGACACAACCAUCCGUCUCCACCGCAUGGCUUUCAAUGAACCGUUACCGUCCUCUCUAUUGUACAAGGAUACCCUCUUUACCAAUGCCUAUGGGACCAGCCAUGUACCAUACAAGAAGAAGCGCCUCACUCACCCAGAAGGCUGGAUGCUUACCCUCAUCAACGGCGAUGAAUACAACUUCAUCUUCGAGGACGUGGACCAUGUCACCAACAUUUCCUACCACGCCACAUUCUAUAACUACGAGGAUGGGGACUUCUCGCUGAUAAACCACAACUUCACUCAGCGACCGGAUCAAUUUGCAACGAUUGGAGUGAUCAAGAAUAGCACUGAAGAGGUGCCAUCGUAUGCCAAUGAUGAGAAUGGUGAUUGGCACUGGAACAACGCCACCAGAGAACUCACCUAUAUAAUUUCCGGCAAAGGAAAGAGCAAUCCGGUUAAUCGUCAGGUGGACUUGGACGUCUAUCAGUGCUUUUUUAAGGAUUGUCUCAUACCUGUUCCUGAGCCACCACCAGUGGGCCGGCCUGGAGAAGCUCUCUUGUGGUCUGAAGCUGCCUCCUGGGAAGGAGUUGAGGAUGGAUGGGGUGGCAGCGAUGGCAACAUCCCUCAAGAUGGUGCAGAUGUCAUGGUCCUGCCAGAGGUAUGGAUGGUGGCUGACGUACUACUCCCCAGCAUGAACAAGCUCUUCAUCUACGGUAACCUAGAGAUUGAAGACACUCAGGAUAACAAGAUUGAAGCCACCUACAUCCUGAUCCAAGGUGGACGUCUUAUUAUUGGAUUCAGCGAGUCUAAUCCCUUCGUACACGACAUGAAGAUCUUAUUGAAUGGCAAUCAUUUCACACCUGACCAGCCGCUGCCUAAUGGGCCUAACCUUGGCUCUAAGGCUCUUGGCGUCUUUGGUGGUCUGGACCUUCAUGGCGUGAACCGCACAGUUUACUGGACCCAGCUUUCAGCCACAGUGUCUCCAGGGGACAACACUCUGACCGUGGUUGCUGAGACUGACUGGGUCGUUGGUGAUGAGAUCGUUGUGGCAACCACAUCCUACGAGGCCUGGCAGACAGAGACAUUUAUCAUUGUAGCAGUCACAGACGCUUCUACCUUCCAGAUUAACGGAACAUUUGAAUUUAGACACGUCGCCGAGUUCCAGGAUGAUUACGUCUUGGCAGCAGAGGUCGGCCUCUUAACCCGUAACAUCAAGAUAGAAGGAAAUGACUACGACCUUCUCUUUGACGAGUCUUACGGAGCACGUGUUCUGGUCGGCCGAUUCUUCCAGUCUGGAACUCAAUACAAAGGAUACGCUCGCAUCGCCAACGUUCAGUUCUUCCACACUGGGCAGGAGGGUCACUCCGACUUCUAUGAUCCACGCUACUCUCUGGCUUUCUUGGAUAUAGGAGAGGUAGAUGAACUUGCCCCGUCCUUCGUCAAAGGUUGCAGCUUCCACAACGGCUUUAGUCCGGCCAUCGGUGUCUUCGGCACUGAGGGAGUACUUCUUAAAGAUAACGUGGUGCAUCACACAGUUGGACCAGGUAUAAUUGUGUGGGAAGACAACAAUGAAAUCAUCCAUAAUCUCAUCACCCUGGUCGUCUUCCCCGGAACCUACCAAGACCGUUUCGAACCUGAGAACUUGAUGUGGAAUGCCGGCAUCGAGGUAGAGAAGGCAGGCAAGGUGAUCCUUAUCAACAACACUGUGGCCGGUUCAGAGAGAGUCGCCUUCAAGAUCAAGGGAGAGAAGUGUUAUGAGGCACCCAACCCGUCGACAGAUUGGUAUGGUAACGUCGGGCACUCCACUCUCCACGGUAUCCACAUGCAUAGCAUCAGUGAGCCAGGAUGUGCUAAGGUCUCCAAUUUCUUGAUCUACAAGUGCUGGGACUAUGGCGUCUAUCACUUGGUGUCGGCAAGUGUUCUUCUGACUGAUAUGAAGCUAAUUGACAACAAUAUUGCCGUCAUGCCAAUGGUGAUGACUCCUCCUGCCAUUUCUCACGUGACAUCGGACAAAUUUGUCCGCAUCGAGAAGUCGCUCAUCGUUGGUGUCAGUGACUCAUUCGAUUGCACGGCAGAUGCUGUUCAACCAGAAAAUGCAGGUCAAAGCAGUAAACAGAGGGCUCCACGACCACCAGGCGGAGGGCACGCUGGAUACGUGUGGGGCUCCUUUCUGUCAUCAAGUAACGGGUCGCCAUUUAAAACCUUUCAUGGUUGUAACAGUUACCCUAUGAUUAAUGGAAAGAGUGAGAUCAAUGACGUAGUGUUCCGAGGUUUUGGUACACAUUGUGGAAAGGAGGACGUUGCAAUCAUGACCAACAAAAAGAGUGAAGAUGGAAUACACCCUAUGACCACAUCAGGUGUGACCUUCGAAGACGUGGAUGAGGAUCGUAAAAUAUUUAUAUACAGACCAAACGUUGGCUCUGUGAACCCGUCUGACUGUGUGGACAUGGACUGUGACGGUCAGAAGAAAGCAAUGAUUCGUGAUUUGGACGGUACCCUCCUUGGCUCAGUGGGGACAGUCAUUGCUCAGUCUGAGUUUGAGUGGGACGGUGACUCUCGGCGUGGUCUCGGUGAUUACCGAAUCCCCAAGGUCAUGCUGACCAAUCCGGACGGAUCACGCAUCCUAGCCGACGAUAUCGCACCAAAUAAGGGUAUUUACAGAGGAACUAACAAUGAAUGUGAGUACAACAGUAACUGGCAGGCGUAUAAAUGCCACGGUAUCGACCACAUGAUGUUGAUUGUUGAGAGCAUGGAUGGAGAUACUGAAGUUCGACGCCUUUCACCAAUGGCCAUGUACAGCGACGGCUAUGUAGACUUAAUCAAUGGGCCGCAGGAUCAGGGAUGGUGUCAUGGGUACACAUGCCAGGAGCGUAUCAGUACGUUCUAUACCUUGAUUGCCACUGGGAAGGAGUAUGAGGUGUACUUUACCAGCACCAAUCCCCAGACUCUUCGUUUCCAUCUGCUGAACUCUGAUGACAGCCAGGCCGUUGUGAUUGGAAUCUGGUAUGCCAAUCCCCAACGAUUGGAUGUUUAUUAUCAGGAUCGGUACGUGACCCCCAACAAUGCAGAUUUUAGCUCUGGUGAAUUCACCUGGAAGGCCAAGGAUCCAAGUCUUCCGGCCGACCAAUACAAUCCCUCUGUCAGUUCUGGUAUUUACGGUGAGAACUACUUUGAUCGUGACACCCAGACCUUGUGGAUGCUUAUAAAGGGUCCAGUGCCCAUUGAGAUCCGCACCACUGCUGUUAUCAUGGUCACCUUUGGUGUCCCCGCGGUGUCCGUUGACGAUUUCUACGAGGAGAAUCUGGUGAGGAAUCUAGCCGGGCUGCUCAACAUUGAUGAAUCCCAGAUCCGAAUCGUGGAUGUAGUCAGCGAGGCUAGUGGACGUCGACGGCGCCGUGCUGUUGAAGGCGAGACUGAGGUGGUGGUUGAGAUCGGGCCUCAGCCAUCGCCAACAAUUGAGUCACCUGGGUCUGAGAGUUCUCAGAACGACACAAGUGCUACUACACCAUCCCCACAAACCAUUCCAACGUCAGCACCAGGUACCUCACUAAACUUUGAUCAGUUGGUUGAGAUCCAAUCGAUGUUGGUUGACGACUUGCAGUCAGGAAGCCUCGGAGAUUCUCUCAACAUCACGAUUACCUCCAUGGCUAUGACUGACCCGAUAGCAGAACCAGUCGACCCCACAGGAGGUGUGCGGGCCACCAAUGAAACAGGCGGUACCAGUGACGUACCCAACGGGACCAAAACGUUUUCUGAGGUACAGCUGGAGGAGGAAGAACAACUGAAUGCUGAGCUUGAAGUGGAUGUUGUCUACCGCACCCCAGAAUCCCUUGUCGUCUACACACAGCCUGAUGGGGCCAAAGAAAGAGCACCCUUCUUUGAACAGCCUUCAAUCUAUGCCGUGGAUGCACUGGGAAAUAUGAUCGACCAACUUGGGCAUUCCUCAAAUCCCUGGCAACUGACGGCAUCAUUGAAUCCAUCAAGUACAAGCGGCCAGCUCUCAGGAAACCUGACCGUGUCGUUCAUGAGUGGCUGGGCCAACUUCACAGAUCUGACUAUGGACUUGACCGUUUCGGGAGUCAUCCUGGACUUUACAGUCAUCAAGCCCAACACGUCCACUCUUUUAGUCAGCUCUAAUGCUUUUGACGUGGCCGUGCGGCCGUACUAUCUGUCUACGUUGACGGCACCGGACAUGGUGAAUGAAAACACAACCUUUGAGGUGAUCAUUGAGCUGAGAGAUGAGAUCACAAUGAUGAUUCCUGGAGACCUCAUGACCAAGGGACUUGAGUGGCAUGCCAUGAUGGCCCUCAACAUGCCUACCAACUACAUCGGUCAGCUCACAGGUCAGCUAGAAACAACCUUUGACCUCAGCACUGGCCAGGCCCAUUUCACCAACCUGUCGAUCGAUGCGAUCGGCCUGAGCUACAUCCUGGAGGUCACUGUGGUAACCAUGCCAUCGAGUACCUAUGAGCUCACCCUAUUGGUUGACCCCUUUGAUGUGGUGUCAAGCCAGCAGAUGAACUACACAGGGCCAAUUCGUAGGCUCAAACUGCAGUUCCUGGUUGAUUACGACGUGGUGGCUGCCGGCAAGGAAGCUCAGCUUGAGAUUUAUGUUCUGAAUUACUUUUCAGCGAGAUAUACCGGUGUUCAGAUCAGCAAUGUGUCACUCGAGAGAGGAUCCAUUUUAGUCUCGUUUGACAUUCAAGGAGACUUGGAUGCCACCCAGGAGGAAAUUUGGACCGAUAUUCAGUCUGGUGACAUUGUCUUGACAUUUGAUGGCUACACUCUAACCCCUGACGAAUAUCUCCAGGUGGACGGGGAAACAUACGGCGAAGUGGCUACGACGACAGCAAUGCCCGAAGUAGCGGCACCCAUACCCAUUUGGGCCAUCAUCAUUAUUGUCGUAGUUGUGUUGCUAAUGAUUGUAAUCAUCUCAUUUAUCGUCUUCAAAUUCUGCUGCAGUAGAGGUAAGAAGGAGAACAUGGUGGAGGCAGAACCCUUGACUGAACCCAACUUUAAGAUGAAGGAGUUUGCCAGCUCUACAUCCCUCGAGAACCCCAUGCUGAGGGUACAUGAUGAAGGACAGGAGAGAUCAGUAUUCCAUGACCAGAACUUCAAUGGCCGCUUGACCCCAAACACACCAAGACGUACCCCCGAGAUUGAAGUCACCGCUCUGCCUCCAGGCUUCACUGAAUCAACUGGACAGCAAGAACGAAUCCUUGAAGACCGUGUCCCAAUGUUCAUUAUGGUGAAGAACUCCGACGGCACAUUCCAGAAGCUCGGCUCAGUCAAGGCCAACAAAGUCGGCACAAUGCGUGACCUCCGAGAUGACGUGAAGCGUGCCCUCCCUGCCAAACUCCAGGAAAAGAAGUUCAUCUUGAUGCAGGAGACCCUAAAGGACAUUGACGGGGCUAAGGAGAAGAAGUUGGUUCUCUCGGAAGUCUACCGAUCGGACAGUAUCUUGAUACGCUGGGUCAAGGACAAAGAUAUAUCCAAGCUGUGCGUCUGUGGUCUGGUAGGACAGUUUGAGUGCUCUCUGUGCCGUCAGCAGACCUACUGCAGCCCUCAGUGCCAAUCUACUGACUGGGUCCGUCACAGCAUGCAGUGUUCAAGCUACGCCGUUGCCUCAGUCGAUGGCCGUGUAUAAGAUGUUCUUAUUGACCUUGUGUUGCUGUGCAACAGAUCAGUAUCAUCUACUACAAACAUCAACAUUUUUGAGGAAUUCUCUGUUUUUGAAGCACGACUUUUUUCAUUGGUUCGUUGAAAAAAACAAAAGUUAUAUCUCUGACUUUUAUUCCUGCUUUAGAUUUACUUCCAAUUUUGGAGCAAUUUUUUGAAUAAUGUGGGACUUGAAAUGUAUGAGUGCAGAGAUUAAGCAUGAUGCUUCUUGCGAAGACUGUAGCUGUGGCUGCAAGAUUUGCUGGGAUGUUCUGCAAUUGAGGAGAUUGUGCGGUAUUUUGAGUUUGGAAAUAUAAACAUUUGUUGGUGAAAUAAGCACAAGCUUGUAAUGCACAUCGACCUGCAUGAUGCCGAUGUACAUUGGUUAGCAUGAUUCAAAAAGUUCAGCACUGUGACUGGACAAAUUCUAAAUCUUUGGUUGCCAACUGGCAAAUAAUAAAAAAAUUGUAAAACAACACAGAUACACAGUGAUUAUCACAAACUACUAUACCAUGUGGUCAAGUUCAACACUGUGAUUGGACAAACCCAACAUCUUUGGUUGCCAACUAGCCAAUUAAACAGCUGGUAACACAACACAGAUACAAAAUGAUGAUCUCCAUGAUCAGUUACAUCAGCUGCACUGUGUCGUUAGAACCAUCCGCCAAACUUGGUUUUGAUUUGUUCUGCCUGCUCGACCAUCAAGCAUGAACGUCAGAACCACGACUUUGACAACUUUUGAACGAUUUUGGUUGAUUUACUUUUCCGUCGAUGACAAUUAAGUAAUUAAGUCUGUUAGGCUAGGGUUGGAGUGAGAUAAGAGAAGCAUUUGAGCUAGGAAUUUAGCUGUAAAAACAGACAACAAACUGAUUUGAAAUCAAAUGAGUGUUUCAAUCAUAUUUUGAUUUUUUUUUAUAAGUUUUUACUGUUUUAAAACCUUGGUCUAAUUUUAUAAAGGCGCUUAAGAACAACCAAAUGUUACUUAAUACCAGAAUAAGGAAACCAGCCAAGAUACCAUUUCAUUGGUCCAAAUUGUGACUGGCGUCCUACUCACUAUGCUAAGCAGAGAAUUGUUAACUGGGCCCCAAUUCAGAAAAGGGGGUGAGGGAGAGAUGGAAAUAAAAUAAACUAACCUUUUGAAUUUGUGUGCCUAUGUCUAGCAGAAAUUAAACACAACUUUCUAUUUUUCUACAGAUUUUUAGAUAAAGUCUAUUUACCAUGCACCACUUAAAAAAUUACUUCCACCAACAAUUUAUAAGAGUACUUAAGAAACAUAUUGUUUCAGCCAAAGCAUUCCACUUUCAUUUAUUUGAAGAUACUCUUAGUACAUUACUAACUAUAGGUCAAAAUUUGCACAGUAUUAUUUUAGUUUUAGUUUGAAAGAGAUUUUAAAUAUAAAUGUAAGUUACAAAAAGGUGGAAAAUGGCAGAAUAAAGGUUUGACUAAAUUUGAUAAGUGAUAAGUGAUUUUGAUAAGUAUUUUUCAAAAAGAAGCAAGUUCUAAUGUUUAGCCAUACUGUCAUUCCAUUCCAAGAGGCUUACAGUUUGUUUGAUCCAGUUUUUUAAAUGAUUGAAGUGUAAAUUUAAGUAGUUUUAGCACUUUUUAUUCCAUUUUUAAAUGCCUUUUUAAAGCAACUAAUUCUGUAAGAUUUCUCCCAAGUUAUCUGUUACCAAAAUUGUUCAGUUGUGUGAUUUUAUGUAAAUAGACGACAAUUGUUGAUCAGGCAAGAUAACAAACAAAGAUUUAAAAAAUACUAUGGUUGUAAGCAGUCAGAAGCACGAGUAUAAUACAUUGAACUUUAUUUCUUUUUUUCCUGAUUUUGAUAUGCGUAAAGACUUUAUUGUGUGUGUGUGUUGCUUCAGUGUUUAUUUCCAUGAUAUUAAGCUAAGGAACAACAUUCAAUUUCUCUAAUUUCUACAUUAAAUAAAAAAUUGCACAUUAUUUUAAGUUUGAGUUCAUCUUUCUUGUGUAAAUUUGUGUUAAAUCUUAUGAGUAUUCUCACAUUGCUCAGAGUGUUUUUCUACAAUAGCAGUUUUGAUUUUUUUACUAAUUUUAGAAAAUGAGUGCAUACUUUGUAGACCUACUUGUAUUGUUUUUCCAAAUGAGUGCAUAUGUUUGAUUCUGUAUUGUGUGUGAAAAAUUAACACUAGUUAGAACUGAAUUCAA